AUGUACGCCCUUUUCUUGACCAUUGCUCUCUGGUUUACCCUCGCUAUUGCGCAAGAACCAUACCCCGAGGAAUACAAUCAAGGAGCUGGUCGAUACCAUUACAGACCCGGGGCUGGAAAUAGAUUUACAAGGCCACACUAUCCCUUUCUCGACAAACCACCCCCAGGGAUAUACCAACCGAACUUCAACACUGUUACCGUUACCACGACUGUCACCUUGACUAUCACUUCCGCCUCCACUUCGACCUCCACUUCCGAUUCGACUUCGACUUCUAGUUCUACUUCCACUUCCACUACUCCUGCUUCUACCAAUCUUGUCAUCAAUGGGGGCUUUGAAGCACUAGGCGGUUCUCUCCCUCCGUGGAUCGCCUCGACCACGGGCAAUACCACCACUUAUCAGGAAUUUGCGGGCCUCACACAGCCAGGCAGCAAUUCGGCUAAUGCUGCGCGCGCAUACGUCACCAAUACCGGACUCUCACAGUCGGCCGGCGCACAAAUCGCGCAACCCAUUGCGCUCGUCACGGGCAGCACCUAUACCGUAUCCUAUGAGUACUCUAUUCUGGACGUUCAACCGGACGGAAAUGGAGAAUAUCUCUGCCGUUUUAUCAGCUACUACGGCGGCACGGUUCUACAAAAUACCGUCGUCAGCUCGCCAUCGGGCUUUCAGACUUAUACGACAAGCUUUGUUGCUGACGGUCUCGCUAAUAGUCUCACUAUUGGAAUCACUUGCCCAGCGGGCUUAGGUAACGUGGCAAUAGAUAAUGUCAGUGUGGUUGCAGCAACGUGA